AUGACUGACGCCUUCCUUUUCAACCUUCUCGGAGGUGGAGGUGGUGGUGGUGGAUGUUGCCCACCUCCUCCACCGCCGCCGUGCCCGUGUCCUCCACCUCCUCCUCCACCAUGUGGAGGCGGAUGUGGUGGCGGUGCUCCUCCAAUCUCCUAUGCUCCUCCACCACCACAAUACCCUGCUCCAUCAAACAGCUACGCCGGGAAGAAGAAGUAA